UUUUGUUUAUUCAUUGUCACUUUCGUUCCUUUUCUCUCAUAUUCAAUUGCUUGUGAGAAUUCCUAUAAAUAAGGAGGAGGUAGGAGAAGGAGAGAGCGUGAGCGUCACGGCCGAAUUAAAAUAAUAUAAAAGGGACCAAAAAAAAAAAGAAAAACCCAUUUUCGUAGGUUCAAUUGGAUGGUUUGUGAAAUUCGGGAAGGUUUGUGAUAUUUGGAGGUGGGUUUUGGUUUUUGGAAUUUGGACAGGAUGUUGAGAAAUUAGGCUGAACAAAUUUUCUAGACUUGAAGAGUUAUGGAUUGGUUUUGCUGUUUUAAUACUUCCUACUCCCAGUCAUCGAGCUCUGGGAAGGGAAAAAACCAUGAAGGGCUAAUCAAGUAUGGUUUCAGCCUGAUAAAAGGGAAAGCUAAUCAUCCAAUGGAGGAUUAUCAUGUUGCUAAGUUUGUUAAGAUCCAAGGGCAUGAACUCGGGCUUUUUGCUAUUUAUGAUGGGCAUUUGGGAGAUAGCGUGCCUUCUUACCUGCAGAAGCAUUUGUUUCAGAAUAUCUUAAAGGAGGAGGAGUUUUGGGUUGAUCCGAACAGAUCCAUCUCUAAAGCCUAUGAGAGGACAGACCAGGCAAUACUUUCACAUAGUUCUGACUUGGGGCGAGGUGGGUCUACUGCUGUAACUGCAAUUUUGAUAAAUGGUCAACGGUUAUGGGUGGCAAAUGUCGGAGAUUCACGAGCUGUUCUUUCACGAGGGGGUCAGGCAGUUCAGAUGUCAACAGAUCACGAGCCUAAUACUGAACGAGGUAGCAUUGAGAACAGAGGUGGCUUCGUCUCGAAUAUGCCAGGAGAUGUUCCUAGAGUCAACGGACAACUGGCAGUUUCUCGUGCUUUCGGGGACAAGAGCCUUAAAUCGCAUUUGCGAUCGGACCCUGACAUACAAGAUUCUAAUGUUGACACCAAUACAGAUAUUCUUAUACUUGCAAGCGACGGUCUGUGGAAGGUCAUCGCUAAUCAAGAGGCAGUCGAUAUUGCUCGAAAGGCAAAAGACCCGUUGAAGGCGGCCAAACAAUUAACAGCUGAAGCAGUGAAAAGAGAUAGUAAAGACGAUAUCUCUUGCGUUGUUGUUAGAUUUAGGGGAUGAUAUAUUUGAAUGGUAUUGCCUUAAUAAGGGGAUUAGGCGAACGACUUGAUGCUGCAGAAUCCAAUUUGUUAAAGGAAAGGAAAAGGUUAAAGAAAGAAACGAGAAGAGGAAAAAAAAAAAAAAAAAAAA